AAAGAAGUCUUAACAGCAAAAACAGAAAGAACUGACAAUUUUCAGAGCCCAGAAAACUGGUAACCAUGUCUGUGGCCUCAUCCCAACAGAGCUUUCUUGCAAACGCUCUCAUUCCACAAACCCACAAACCUAAAACCAAGUUCUUCACUUCACCAAACACCAUCUCAUGCAAAAGAAGCUCCUCAUCAGAUGAUGAUGAUCAGAAAGGUCUUUCCAGUAAUGAAAUUCCCAGAAAGAAUGAGAACCAAUUUGCAAAGUUGGCAAUGGUGACAUUGGCAGCUGGUGUGUUGACUCUGGGCUCUGUUCAUGAUGCUUCAGCUGCCAAGAGUGGUGGCAGAGUAGGUGGACAGGCGUUCCGGUCUUCGGCUCCUCGGCCUUCCUCCCCUAGGAUCAAUAACAAUUCCAGGACCAAUAUUUACAUCAAUCCUCCUAUUGCUCCGCCAUUAGUCGGUGGUUAUGGAUAUGGUUAUGGAUCACCAUUCUUUGGUGGGUGGGGUUGGUCUCCAUUUUCAUUUUUCGCCCCAGGUCCUGGUGUUGCCGUUGGCAUUGGUGGCGGCUUCCAACUGUUAGCUAUUGCUGUGUUUCUUGGUGCAAUUGCUGCCGUGGCAAGGAGAUUCAACGCUUCAAGAGACGAAGAAGAUGAUGAUUACUAUUAAAAGAUUACUUAUAUUGUUAGCAUCCAGUGAACAGUAAAUGUUGUACUUUAGUGGCUACGAUACAUUUUGAGUAGCCAUCCUGCUGGUAAAUAUAGUAGCAUCAUGUAAUCUUUAUUUUCCACGGUUAUUAAUGUAACAUAAUCAUUUAGAUA